AUGCUCGCAUCCCGGUCUUUGUACUGGACCCUCGUUGUGUUGGUUCUAGCAAUUAUACAACCGGCCGUUUCACAUCCUAUAUCAACGCCGAAAUGGAUGAAAACGACCCAAUUCGAGAAUCGGGACUCCCGUGGAGUCUGGAAGGGUUUUAAAAAACACGAGGAGAUUCCCCUCUCCCAAUUAUCCCAAGCUGUAUCCACCCAGUCUGCUUCCACAUCAACAAUCCAUGAAACAAGUCUUGAGCGAGGACAACCAGGCCGUAACUAUAAACGGGACACAAUUUCAGACAAACCGAUCGUCUCUGUCUUGGUACCCAAACCACUUAUCUCGGAAAAACUAGACCGACACUGGAAACACCCUCAAGCCGAGCACUAUGAAUCGCCAUGGAAGAACACUGCCCCUUCAACAAAACAUUAUGGGGAAGUGUUAGGAAACAAAAAGGCGAAAGUGGAAACAACCGGAUUCCACAGACAGGAAACCCAAUCUUCUACAUCUUCAUUGCGACUCUCAUCCGGAAACUAUAUUUCUAUCUUUUCAUACCGAAUCUCUUUUCCAUUCUUGAAGGUCGCCCAGGUUUCUUUCCCUCAGUUUCCUCUACCGCAAAUAUUCACUACGGUUAUGAUUCUACUGGCCUUGGUCUGGAUUGCGAUUUUAGCAAUUGGGUUGGCGGAAGUGGGUAAUUAUUUAUGGAAAAGGGUAAAAUCGGCUUGGCUUGCAGGUGAAAGUCGUGAAGUGGCGAAGGAGGACUCGACAGGCAGGGUCGUGGAAUUGAAAGAGCCUUUUCAGGUUCCUGUUGUUCUGAGGCUUCCAAGGCGCGAAGCUGCCUGGCGUCAUGAAAAUGAGUUUCUGUCGAGUAGUUCAGAAUCAGACACUGACUCCUCUGGGAUGGACGACUCUCGUAUGCCUUGA